AUGAGGCUAUAUGAGAGCUCUGACACUCUGCACUGGGCCAUUUCUGCCUGUCGCAGUUUUAACCCUGCACCUGAGAACAAGGGCUCUGUGCUGCAAAAAUCUACGUCAGACGGUACGCGUCAGGGCCUCGAGAGCAUGAGAGGAGGAGUGUGUGCCACACAGGGCAUGAAGGUCGUGCUUAAAGUGGGACAAAGGCCCUACGGAUUGCCUCCAAAGCCUGCCAAACCCGACCAGGCGGGUCGUACCAACAGCCGAAAUCCAGGGGUCACUGGGAACACUACAUUUCCCAGAGUGCCCGGGGGAGGAGCCACAGCGGGCGGCGAGAACGGCCCCCUCCCUGCCUCUAACAUCGCCGUCAUCGCUGGCGCAGCAGGAGGCUCCGCCUUCCUCCUGCUCGUCACCGCGGUGAUCUGUGUGGUGUGCUACCGCCGGCGACACUCCAAACACUCAGAGUCGCACCACCCACCGCUCUCCCUCUCCUCCCUAACCUCCCCCAAGCGGGGGGGCGGGGGCGGGGGCGGAGGCGGCAACAACAAUGGCUCGGAGCCCAGCGACAUCAUCAUCCCGCUGCGGACUUCGGACUCGGCCUACUGCCCGCACUACGAGAAGGUGAGCGGGGACUACGGCCACCCCGUCUACAUCGUGCAGGAGAUGCCACCCCAGAGUCCCGCCAACAUCUACUACAAAGUAUGAGGACAGAGACCCUGGCACUGUCACCCACCACCUGCACCACAACAGUAUGAACCGAACUGCUCCCUGGCCUACAGUCAAGUUCUGACUGUGGCACCUUCAAGCCCUGUGAUUGGACCCAAUCACUCACACACACACGCACACACACACACACACACACACACACACACACACACACACACACACACACACACACCCCUUAAAUCAAUGACUGCUGUGAUGGUUGAGGGCUUUAUAUUGAGAGGACACGCCAGUGUAAGGUUUUCUCACUCCCUCUCCUCUCAGAGUGAUAAAAGCUCCUAAAGUUCGUCUAGACCCCUCGGAGUGAAAAAAAACAAAAAACAAAAAAACAAAACAAACCAGAAUGGAUCUGUUACUUCCUGAGGCGUCACUGAGCAACACCUCAGAACCUUAUCCUUUGUAAUCUAUUGGCAAAAACACAAAAAAAACAACAAAAAAAAGACUGAAAGUAAACUUCGUUUUCAGUUUGUCCAAUCCUGACCAAUGUUAUGUGAUCUUGAACAUUACAAUAACUCACAAAUAGCAGUUUAGUUUGUUUGUUUGUUUGUUUGUGUUUGCGAUUCCUCUGAUAAGGGGAGGCUCAGUCCUCUGGCUUAGCCAAUCAUAGCCCAGUGCUCACAUCACAUGACUCAAGGCCCUGUGUUUGAUUGGAGGAGUCAUAGUGGCAUUGAAAAUCUUGUAUAUUUUAAUAAUGUGCAUUCUUUGUGAGUGUGUAGGUUAAUAAUUAUGACAGUGCUGUUGCACGAACAUGCGUGGGCAUAGCGUGUGCUUCAGUCACAGUAUGUGAGUGUGUUUCAGUGUGUAUCUGUGAGAGAGCAUUGUACUUGAGUGAAUGUGAGUGUGUUAGACUGUU